AUGCCGACGCCUGCCAAUUCAAAGUCCCCCGCCAGCCGCGGGGCCAGCAAAACUUCGCCGAUAAAGUCAAAGCCCCUCGAUAUCGGCAAGCCGUUGGGACUCUACGAUACCAACUCCGUGCGAGCAAAGGUCCGGAAGUGGCAACAACAGGGCGGCGGAGUGGUCACCGCUGAUGAUGUUAUCUACUAUGAGGACGACAACGAAAACGUUCCAACUCCCGAAUCGAAACCGAAGCCUACAAAUAUUACAUCAAGGAAGCGAAGCAAGAGUACACCGCGAAAGCGGUUAGUUAGUGAUGAACAUUGGAAGCUGAAUCGGUCAUCAACGCAGGCGCCGGGAUCUAAACCACCAGCACCGAGACGUGGGCGCAUCGCGGAGUACACUACAAACGAGCCAAUACGUUCGCCACGAUCAGCAAAAGGCGAUGAUAUAGAACCGCCUCUACUGUCUCCGCGGUUGACUCCGCAAAAGCCCCGAGACGACAUCAAAGAACGCGCAACUUCACCACGGGCUCUUAGGGAACGACGGAAGUCACAUGCCGCCGGUGAUAUCGAUUCAAUCAUAUCGAAGCUUGAGAAAGAGCAUGCAUCCCAUGGAAAAUCUUCAAAGCCUGCAUCGCGUCCGUCAACAGCGGACAAGAAACGAUCCAGCACAAUAUCAGAGCCUGCACAAAGCCCGAAAAAGAAAGACUCGGCCUUAGACUACGACUCCGAAUGGGCGACCAGUGAAGCCGAUUUCUCGGAAUUAUCGAAGCGGCGUGCACGAGGCGCACCUCAUGCUUCAAAAGGGCGCACUCCAGCGAAGCCUCCCAAAGGUGGCAUCCUUGGGCAGAUUGUAGAUGAAUCGAGAAAGAUGUUUAGCAAACCAGAUCAGAAGCCGGAGCCACCUAAGCAGCCAGCUCCAAAUCGGGGUGCGAAGAUCGAAGCAUGGCUGUCAAAUACACAGGACCCAUUCCUGGACGAUAAGAACUCGGAUGUCGAAAUUCCCGCACCGCUAAAGACUAGAAGGAAGAAACGCAUCGAAAUUGUGGACGAACCAACGGAAGGAGAUUCAAGUCGACUCACCAGCCCUGAGCCUUCGGGCAGCAGCGACCUCUCUCAGAAAACGCCCGUACGGCGAGAUAGGAGCGGAGAGACUGCGUCUAGCGGCGAGCGACGAAAAUCGAAAGAUGACAAGUCUAGUGCUAAGGGGUCGCAGAGAAACGCCUCGCCAUCUCCCCGGAGGCGAAAAUCCAGUGAGAGGAAGACCAGCGGAAAGAAACAUAGCCGAUCAUCCUCCGGUACUGGCAAAGAAAGUAACCGCAAGCUCGACGAGAAAGAAAAAGCCUCUGAAACCGGGACCACUUCUUUGUCUGAGAAGUCCGAAAUCUCUGGCAACAAGGGAAAACAGCACACCCCCAGCACCGGUAGCCACCGCCUGUCAACAAUCGCCUCGGUAGAGUCGAUGGGGGCACGAGGCGUGGAAGCAAAAGCAUCUGAAGGAACAGAGAAGAAAAGGACUUCUUCUCAAACCACUUUCGCAAGCGAGGAAAGAGACAAGGUUGAUCCCGACUCGCUAGCUAUGGUUUCAUCUCAAAUGAAGAAGCUCACGACCCAUGACGACUUGAUAUCCGUUCUUUCGACAUCCACCACAAGAAGUAGGAGCCUCCGGUCUGCGAGGAGUCUUCGAAACAGCAAAAGCAGAAACCCCACAGUCGCAGAUAUCCUGAAGGAGCUAUCCCUAGAUGAAGCAAAGUAUAUGCGCGAGCUCAGAACUCUUGUGGGUGGAGUGAUUCCGGUGCUUUUAACCUGUGUCCUCUCCCGCUCCGACUCGGCCAUUGCUGCUGGACUUUUCCGUCCUUCAGCGGAUCCGCAGGAUGAGCUCACUUUUACGAAGCCAAUUGUGAACAUGGGAGUUGCUAUUGAACGGCUGAAAUUGUUACACAAGCGGAUUCCACUUGACGCCGCAGAUGGAUUACUUCAGUGGGCACAAGGCGCCCAGAAGGUGUACCGCGAAUAUCUCAAAGCUUGGCGAUUAGGAUUCAAAGACGUGGUGGUCAAUCUGGCUCCAUUGGAAGAGGGCGAGGAGACGAAGGACGCUGAUACAAAAAGUCUUGAUGAUGGGAUGUCUAGAGAUGAGAACGGUGAUAUUGUGGACGCUGAUGGGCAGAAGGUUGAUGUUGCUUUUCUGCUAAAGCGCCCCCUGGUACGCCUGAAAUAUCUCGCAAAGACUUUUAAAGGCAUCAACAUGCUUGAGCCGUCCCCUAAGGCCGAAGAGGUUGCUAUGAGCUACCAAAAUCUUGUGGCAGAGGCCCGUCGCCGUGCACGAGAAGAAAGGGCCAGGCUUGAAGACGAGUCGGCUUCCGCUAUUGACUCAAGUCGCGCGCGUGAUCCUGAAAACCUGGGUGCUUUGACUGAGGUCACCGUGGACAAGACUCGCCGAGUUCGCGCUCGUGACUUUUUUAACUUGUCGCUCUACCAUUCGAGUGGCCAGAUUAUCGACUGUCGUGCCGAGAUACUUUUCCGAGACAACGCUGCUGAACAUGGCCCUGGUGGAGACUUGCUAAUAUGCGAAGUUGACCAUGCCGACCGUUGGUUGCUCUUCCCUCCCAUUGACAUUGGAUUAGUUUCUGCGCGAAAUGGGGAUAAAAAGGGAGAGAUAGUGCUUAUGAUUCGCAGUGCCCCAGGGCAUGAACGGCGCUUCCAAGAACUCUUAUCCCUGCAGAUUGAUGAAGAAGAUGUGGGAAUGGAAUGGAUCCAAAUGCUCGGUAGAACCCCUGUUCCACCUGCCAUCUCUCGGUCCCAGAGCUUUAUCGAGCGCGCAAGGCAGCGACAACGCGCACAGACGAUUUCUUCGCCUAAUGAAGUCAAGGAGGCCCAGCGAACUCCUCCCAGCCCGACUAACGUUGCUAUCCCUAUUGGAGAGAAGCCAACAUCCUCGCGUGCAUCACGACGCUCCUGGACUGCGAAGGAGUGGUCAGACCCCAGCGCCACUGAUUCGUUGGCGGCUACCGAGUCGCAGAUCUCAUCACAGACCGAUAUCACUCGCGAAUCGGAUUACGAUGCUGCAGAGUCCGAAGCAUCUAAACCUUCCACAAAUACCCAAUCGAUCCUUCAUUCGCGGGACCCGCGAAAACUCGUUAUGGGCGAUGAUAAAUCUCCUCAAGGCCUCAAACGCUCUGGCGCCAAGAGAAUAUCUAAAUAUGGUGAACUUGGCCCCCAGAGCCCUCUUUCACCAACGGGUGCGACCCCUUCGACUCCAUCUCGAAGUCAUGAUGAAGUACAACGUGCCGAACAGACCGCAUCGCACCAUCAGAAACAGGCCACUCCGAAAACACCCACCGGGACUGAGACUGGGGAGAGCCCGCGAGUAUCCUCCGUACCUUCAGCUGUUCUUCCUUCCAUUCCGAAGCUUCGUCAAGGUAGUAGUACUUCGUAUAUACUGGAUUCUGAACCGGAAGAGGAGUAUGAUCUAGACUACAGUGUCCUUCCCGAGACUCCGACGAAGAGCAAGAGGCAUUCUCGCUCCGGCUCCGAAUCUGACGCGUCGAAUGGAGAUGAGCCUCCACCGCCCCCUCCCCAUUCGCGCUCGCCAAGUUCCACCAGUUCUAGCCUGACAGGCACCCCUGUUUUGAGUCCAACUGCUGGGCGCAUCAGGCGGCGGGGAUCGUCACCCUUGAAGCACGAAUAUGAACCUUCCACCGCGUCGGAUUCUUAUUCUGACUCCGACACUUCUACCGUGCGCCGCUAUGACAUGUAUUCUGACUCGGAUUACGUCACGGACAGUUCAGACGAGGAUUCUGAGGACGAGAUCCCGUCCAGAGUACGAUCGAAGGCCGCUCGGGGUGCUGUUAGGCCCGAUGAACAAGAGACUGAGCUAAGCACUUUGUCCUUGACAAACUCGACUAGUCAAGCCGGUUAUCGAUCCGUUCCGGCUCAGCCAAGCAAGUCGUCUUCCGCCAUCGCCACUGUUUUUGCUUGGUCGGAUAAAGGCUCCUGGGAUAGCAUCUUCCCGGAUGAGUGCAAGAUCAUCAUAAGCCCUGGACUUGUUGAAGCUUAUGAGAUGAAGGAUGAUCCACUUGCAAAUGGCGACGAUGGAGCUAAAAACGUCCGCCCGAUCGUUGCUCUCGAGUUAACACCGCUGGUCCCAAUUCGCCGUGGAACAGCCAUUGACAUUAGCAUCCGCUCUCCUCCCACCGCGCGGUCCAAAGUAACCUGGAGCAACAACAUCAUGUUCCGCUCCCGGAACGCAGAAGAAUGCGAAGCCCUAUAUGGCCUGAUCAACCAAGCCCGCACCAACAACCCAACAUAUAUCGCACUGCAAAAUGCUAGAGGGCCCUUGGACGAUCUUCCUGCCCCAUUGGAACGUGCGACUAAGAGUUCCGGUCUCUUUGGGUGGCCUCGCCGCAGAAAGAGCUACCGCGCCUCUGCCUCCCCGCGCUCCCUAGCGGACAACUCCGAAAGCAGCGUGGGCACAAUGAGCAGCGCCUUCUCGGCCCUCAAACGCUUUGGCGGAGCGAGCAAAAUGUUUAGCAUCUCCCGAUCCUCCGUCACUUCGCGCAAGAAAGACGGCGAGGAAAGCCUAUACUCUAGCUCCGCCGGCUCCGGCGGAUACAAUAGCGGCGGCAUUGGCCGAAUCGCAGCAGCUAUCAAGGGCGUCGAUGGAAUCGGCCUGUCAAAUGCUAAGAUCCGCCUCUACGCCCGCGAAACCCAGUCCAAGUGGCGCGAUAUGGGCGCCGCGCGACUAACAAUUAUGCCUGCGCCCUCACGACCACCGUCUACCUCUGAACCUCGCCGUCCAGACACUGCAGUCGCCGAUGCGGUCCCUGAUGUAAGCACAGACAGUAUAAGUCAACCAUCUUCCGGCGCUGCCUCGCCGCAACGAGUCCUGGAGCAGCGCAACGAGAAACGCAUUAUCAUUCGUGGCAAAACACGCGGCGAGGUCCUCCUUGACGUUUGCCUGGACGAGAGCUGCUUCGAGCGCGUCGCCAGAACAGGUAUUGCUGUCUCCGUGCGCGAAGAAAAUGAAGAUGGGGCCCCUGUGACUGAGAAAGGAGGUGUCACUAUCGGAAGUUCCCGCGUUUACAUGAUUCAAAUGAAGGGCGAGGCUGAGGCCGCUUACACCUUUGGGCUUGUUGGGAAGAUGAAAUACUAG